AUCCUGCAGCCACUAAAUGUGGCUGUGUUUGGACCACUGAAGGCAGCAUUCCUUUACAAGGCAUCAAGGAUGAUUCUGGUAAAUGAAGACAGUGUGGUAGGAAAGUGUCAAUUUUCAGCAAUUUUAAAGCAUGCGUACCAUCAGGCUGUGACCCCAGAGAUCAUCAAGCAGGGCUUUAGGAGAACAGGCCUUUUUCCUCUGUGCAGAAAUGCUGUCAACACCUCCCAGAUGGUGAAGCGAGGUCCAUCUAGAGAUGGGUCCUUGCCAGGAUUCCCUUCACCACCUCCUUCUGCUACUUCAAUGCUAAGCGCUUCCACUGCACCUGAAGAGUACUCAGCCUGCCAACAGCUCCCAAACCCUCUGAUGCCGAGCUGUAUUAUUCCGGAAAGCCUGGCAGAUGUCCUGGGUUUCCCCAGGUUUGUGAAGUUGGAACAGACAAGUAGAUGCCUCACACUUUCUGCCAGAGGUAAAACCAGUAAUGAGGGCACUGUGGCUCUAAAAAGGAAACAGCAAAGACAGGAAAAGAAAGGAAAGAAAGAAAUGGGACAAAAACGGGAGAAAAGAAAAAGGUCUGACGUUCCUUCGGACACAACCAACCAGCACUGUAUCUGGCGAACGGAUGUAGCCCCACCGCAGUCUUCAGAUGACGCCCUUAUUUACAAGAUGGAGAAGGUGAAGGUCGUUCCAUCUAGCAAUGGGUCCAUGCAAGAAACUUCAGAUAUCCUGGGUCCUUCCCAGGUUAGCAUGAGCAAUCAGGAAAGGAGAAACCCCCCACUUGCCAUCAGGAUCAAGACCAGUGCUGGGUAUUCUGCCCUCUUAAAACAGAAGAAAAGGGAAAGGAAAAGGAGGAAAAAUAAAGAUGUGGUCAAACGAAAGCGGGAGGAGAGGAGGCAGACCUGCACUUUAUUAGAUGCGUCUAACAGCCAGCUUGGGGUCCAGUGUGAGCAUGUUGUCUCACCCCAGUCAUCAGAUGACGUCCUUUAUAGGGCUGCCUGCUUGGGCUGUGAUACUUUGAGUAGUGAUCAUGACUAUGCCCAAAAUGAAAACUCUGAAUGCUCCGCUCACAUGACUCUCAAGUAAUGCGUUGGUCAUUUUUCUAAGCUAUUGUUCUACUGACACAUAGUUAUGGUUAUGUAAAUCACAAACUGACUAAGCAAUGUUGUUAAUAAAGCUACUUGUUACAAAUGCAGAGCUACUGUUCAUUAUCACUAAAUGUAAAUACAAACUUUAUUUAUAGAAAGGUUGAGAUAUUUUGUAA